AUGGGAAGCACAAACACCCCGGCCACGCGCCACGCCGCGGACACGGUGGGGGUGCAGCAAGGCUCUCACGUGUUCGAAAUCUCAGGGUACAGCCUGCACCGGUCGCUACUACACGGCGGCUGCGCAACGUCGGACGCGUUCUCCGUCGGAGGCUACAACUGGCAAAUUCGGGUCUACCCCUGGGGUGUCUUCGACCUCGAUUAUUAUAGAGACUACGUGGGGGUGUUCCUCGAUUUAUGCAGCGACCACAGGGUGACGGCGUCCUUCAGGUUCAGUCUGGUAGACGUCACCGGAUCUUCGCCGCCGCACACGAUGACAAAGACGCGCGAAUUCGGUUCCGGCGGUCGCAGCUGCUCCGGCGAUUGGGUGUUCAAGAAAAGGAGCGAGCUGGAGGCGUCGCCUUACCUCCGCAACGAUCGCUUCACCAUUGAGUGCGUCGUCACAAUUGUCGAGGAUGAGAAAUCGUUUGUCGAGGAGGCCCCGCCGUCGGACAUCACGGAUCAUCUUGGGAAGCUGCUGCAGGGGAAAGAGGGGACGGACGUGAUUUUCGAGGUCCAAGGAGAGGCCUUUCCCGCCCACAAGCUGGUGCUCGCGAUGCGAUCGCCGGUGUUCAAAGCAGAGCUGUAUGGCGCGAUGAGAGAGAAGGACAUGAGUCGUAUUGCCAUCAAUGACAUGCAGCCCGUUGUGUUUGAGGCCCUGCUUCAUUUUAUAUACACCGAUUCACUGCCUGCCAUGGAUGAUCUUGGACGUGAUGACUAUAGAGAUAUUGUCAGCCAUUUGCUUGUCGCCGCGGAUCGGUAUGCCAUGGAGAGGCUGAAGAUUAUAUGUGAAAACAUCCUUUGUAAGAACAUCGAUGCGAAGACGGUGGUGACUACGCUGGCUUUGGCUGAUUGGCAUCACUGCGGCAGGUUGAAUGAUGCAUGCAUUCGGUUUAUUGCCACUUUGGAUACACGGGGAAUGGAUGACAUGAUGGCAAGCCAAGGGUAUGUUACGCUCAAAACCACAUGUCCAUUGGCCUUAGUUGAACUGUUGGAGAAGACAAGUAGGCUCGCCAAAUCGAAGUCAUCUAUUCAUAUUGGUAGUUUAUUAGUGCAUGCAUACUAA